UGCCGUCUGAAGAAAGGCAUCGCUCCAGAGUAAUCCCAACCAAAAACAACCAAUCAGAGCCAGGAGGAGAGUCUUAUCGCUGCCAAUCAAUCUCAUGUAUUUGCUGCUUAAUGUGCUAAUCGAGGAGGAACAACUGACUGUUAGAGCAAAAACCAAAUUAUCCGCCAUCAGCAGUGGCCAUGCUAACUAGCCUUAGCAUUAACAACAGUCUCUGCUAGCUGGAGCGCUGCAGAAAGUAACGAGGCGAGGUAAGCAGGGGGUGAGCAGUGCCAGAUUGAUGGUGAUUGCCAGCGCUAUGACCCGCCUCCUGGGUCUGAUUGGUUGGUUCUACAUAGAGAGAAGGCAGAGGAGGUUGAUUCUUUUUUUUUCUUCACAGAUUAACUGUCUCAUAGCAAACCAUCAUGACAUGGUGACAGUUUUAACUUGUCACCAUGUUAAAACUGCUGACACGUAUGUAGCUUUUUUAUUUUUCUUUAAAAGCUACACACUGCAGUUUAACACAGAUAUUAAAUGAAGAUAAUAAAAUUUGGAGAUUAGUUUCUCGUUGUGCAUAUUUAGAGGUCUGAAUAUGACAUGUUGCUAAAAAUCUAUUACAAAUAAUAAAAAAAACUUAACAUAAAAAUUCUGUCUCUACGGCAUGAGGUGACUGUAGUGAUACAGUCCAAAUUUGUUGGGAUCCACAUUUUUCAAUGAAACAAAAUUGUGACAUCCUUCCAGAAGAGUCUUCUAUCACAACAAUCCAAAAAAACAGAUACUCCACCUGUGGUACAGUACAGCAAAGGACAUUUGUUCUGCACCUAGGAAACAUCUGUAGAACUACAAGCUGGUUUCUGAAAGCAAACCACAACCACUAGUGCUAAUCCUACAUGCUCAAACAAACCAAGUGGACCCUAUCUUCUUGAAGACAUUUCACAUUAUUCAAAAGGCGUCUUUAGUGCUAAACUUGCGUUAUGAAAUAAGUAGCUAAUUAGUUGCAGACAGAACCACCGCACCAAUACGACCACUGAUGUCAGUAAUGGGGGCAUUAAAGACGCGUACGUCAUUGGUCCUCCCGUCUACUUGGUUCAAUCUUGGGUCAUUGUCACUCAGGAUUCAUUUGUCCAGGUUGACUCUACACCAGCCCGCCUUCAGCAGAAUCCCCAUGCAUUGAGAUUGAUACUGAACACAGAUGUAGAAGCUGCAGUCACCUUGAAAAAAAUCCCCUGCGGUCUAUAAAUAUGUCUGUGAGCACCGGUUGGAUCUUUUGGUGCACAACUGUCUCAUCCGUCUACUGUCCCCUCGUGUGGUGACGGUGGUUUGACCUACUCAGCAAAAGUUUCCACCAGUGGAAACGCUUGUUCUUGCCAAGACGGAGGAGGCUGCAUGGCCUUGAGCUUCCAGCGUCAACCAUAUCUGUGUGAUCUGGACUUGCUGUGAACAACUGGAACAACAAAAGUUGAGCGACUGGAGGACAUUUUGAACUUGAGGAAGAUGUAAAGGACAUGUAUGACUUUAGAUCAGCUUCAGUUGAUAAAGUCUCUUUCUGUCUCUCCAGAUUUAAAAGAAGAAAAAAAUUUUAAGAGGAGAAUCCCAUGUUACUAUUGGAAAGGUUCCACAAACCAAAGGCUUUCUUUAAAGAAUCUAUAAUCAUUGUAGAAUAUUCCAGCUCAGAUUUGACCAUUCGAAGAAUUGUAGAUGAUAAAAGGCCUCAAAGGGCCUUUUAAUCCAUUUAGUGGUCAAUCAGAUGUUAUAAAUUAGAUAUUGUGGUUUUAUUGUUAUGUGAUCUUUUGCCACAGAAUCCUGCUGGUCCUCUACAGCCAUUAGAUAAAAAGGUAAUCGCAUUUGAGAACGUGAAAAAUCUGGAUACCAGAGGAACUGUGUGACGGGUCAAACUUAAAAACAUAUUAGCCAAUUGCUACUAUGUCAAGUAGAAAAGAUACCAGCAGUGAUUAAUUGUGUCUGCCAAUCAAUCUACCAAGGAUUGGAAGAUAAUUUCCAAACAUCUUGACUCAAUGGGUCUAGAGUAAGAGUGGUUAUUCAUUGGAAGGACUCUGAACACCUCUGAGAAACAGAGAACCUGGUAAAAUGUGACAAAGUGCUGUCCUCUAGAAGGUAGGGAUUACUUGAAGUCACUGAUGGCAGAUUUUUAAGUACCAACUUCUCAAAUGACUGGUUCUUUCUUCUUUUGGUGUAAAUUUGCAACCAAGGUAGACAAAACACCAUCUCUAACUACACAACACGCCAAACACAGAGGCAGGUAGGUUGCAGCAGCAGAUGUCCAUACUUGGGGACCACUAUUGUUAGCUAAACACCAAAAACUGUUUAUCAAGAUUUGAAUAUCAAGUAGAGAACAAUGUCCUGUUCCAAUAAGUCUUGAUUCUACAAUCUAGUGUCGUUUUUCAACCAUGACAGACCCACUAUGCACAGAGCCACCAGAAACCUCGGAUCAUCUGCCGAGGUAAUGGACUCUAGCUAUUUUUAUUUUCAAUUUCUGGCAUUUCAGUAGAGACUUAAUAAAAUAAAAAUAUCCAACAUUAGAUCAAAGGUGAGGUUAUACAGGUGGACUGGUAGUGAAAGACCCUGGAGGAGAUGGAGAAGGAAAACGUCACGGGUGUGCUAACAGAUGACCAUUGGAUCGUCCACCAUGAACCACUGCGUGCCCAUGUCAACAUUGAUACGGUACUUUUGUUUUUUGCUGGAGCGAUAGUCUUCAAAACCAAGCUAAUUCUCUCAGGAAACAAAUAUGCUCCAAGAAAUCUUGUGUCAUUUUGUGCUGCCAAUCUACGGAGAAGCAGUUCUUUACAGGCGUCUUCACAAGUACACGGUACAAAGCUUGAGAUACUUGACACUGAGUUCGCACGCUUCAUACACUGAAAGCUAAACCUGAGUCUGUCGGUGCUGCGGAGUUUCUGCCUUACAUCCUGACAUCAAUGCCAAGCUGCUCAAACGCUCCGCAUGUUUGCUCACGCGAACAUCCUAAAGGAGUCGUCUCACUUCACUCAAACGGAAGAUUUACUCAACUCAGAGCGUAAUCCCAAAACAUUGACCAAGUUGUAUCCAAGAUGAGACACCAGCUAUCUGGCAGAGUCACUUUUAGAUCUUUUUCCUCGUGCUGUUACAAGACAUUUGAUUUUCCUUUGAAUAAAAAAUUAUGUUUUGCUUGUUUGCCGGUACAAGAAUGUUUCCACUCAAAAUUACUCAAGUAAAAAAUGGUUUUACAUAACAUAGACUUUUAAUUCCAGGUUCAGUAUGCGCAGUAAGUCUUCAAUAAAAGUUAAACCACUCCAGUCCUCAACUAGUACCUUUUUUUAUUUUUUAUUUGGCCCUCUGUGUAUUGGAGUUUGACCACCUGAUUUAUAAUAUAAGACAUUUCACUAUAGUGAAGUAGCGUUAUGCCAGAUAUGUCUUGGAUAACUUCUACCAACCUGGAAUGUAAUAGUUCCCUUUGUAAAUCGAGAUGACCGAGUCUCAACCAUGAACACUGAAAGCAGACAGUGAUCACAUGAGGCCUGAGUCCACUCUGAUUGGCUUGUCACAACCAGUCUUGUCUCUAGGAAGUAGAGCACAUUAAGAGAUUCUAUCAGUCAAGCAAAACCAUUUAAAGAAAAUGACUCCUCUUAUGUUUAUUGGCUAUGUGACAUGUCUGAUCCUGGAAACUUUGGGUAAGUUGUGACUUUAAAAGUUUUUUUUUAUUGGCUCUUCAAUGUUCCAGCUUUAGCAGAAAGUUACGUGUCUGUGUUUCUUCUCCAUUUUCAGUUCAUUUGGAAGCUCAGACUCCAUCACCGUCUUUGCAUUUUCAAUCGGUCAGCGUCGGCUCAAAUGUGACUUUAAAGUGUUUCUAUAAAGAAGCUGAUGGAGUGAUUUUCUACUGGUAUAAACAAACUCCAGGGCAGAAACCACAGCUGAUGUCAGAGUUUUAUAGAUAUAAGAGAAAUGGCUCACUUAUGGGUGAAUUUUGCAAUGAUUCACGAUUUGAGCUGGAAACUGGCAAAGAUAAAAACCACUUGAGGAUCUCCAAUGUGCAAAUGUCAGACUCUGCUACUUACUACUGUGCAGGAGUUCAUACAUAUCUGUAUACAUUUCUAGAGGGCAUUACAGUCCAUGUAAAAGAACCAAAUCUGAACAUUUGGACCUUGGUCGAUCAGUCCAGAUCUGAGAUCGUCCAGCCAGGAGGUUCUGUGACUCUGAAGUGUACGGUACAAAGCGGGACCUGUGAUGGGCAACACAGAGUUUUCUGGUUCAGAAACUCUGAAGAACACCUUCCAGAGAUCAUUUACACCAAUGGAGCCAGUGAUGACCAGUGUAAGAAGAAGCCAACCACACAGGCACACAGCUGUGUGUACAGCCUAUCCAUAGAGAGUCUGGACGCGUCCAAUGCCGGGACCUACCACUGUGCUGUUGCCUCAUGUGGACACAUUCUGUUUGGAAAGGGGAUGCAGCUGGACUAUGAGAAAAAGUCUGACUCCCCUGUCCUGCUGUACGUCUUGAGUGGAGCUUUAGCAUUCAGCAUCAUCAUGGUGGUAAUUCUGGCUCAAAAACUGCACAAGACCAAGUCCUGCAAAGACUCUCCAGUGAGAUCCUCCGCAGCCUCCGCUCUAAAUGCAGAUGAUUACGAGGAUGCAGAAAAUCUCCAUUAUGCUGCUUUAAGCAGUAGAAAACUCAGCAGAUCGAGAGGGAAGAGGGACGCCACCAAUGAAGUUGUGUACUCCAGUGUUGGGCCUCCGAACUGAAGUUGCUUCUUUGUGUUGUUAGGCUAACGCAGUGGUUCCCAAAGUGUGGGGCGCGCCCCCUAGGGGGGGCGCCGUGCCAUUGCAGGGGGGAACGGGAAACGGUAUGGAUGAAAAACCCCCAAAACAAAACAGUUACACAAAAGUGUUUCACUGUUAAAAUGGUUUGUAGUUUGUUUUGUUGUAACCUGAAGUGUGAAAUAAAUUUCACUGGAGUUUGAAAACAAAAUGUGUGUAUAGGUUUAUGUCUGGCUGAACAAUGUGUGUGCCCAGUUGAUUUUUUAUUUUUAUUUUUUGGGGGGGGAUUUUAUUGUAAUCCAUACGGGGGCCCAGAAAAUCUUUGGGAACCACUGCGCUAACGUCUCCGGUAGAAAGUCUUUGUUAAGCUUUUGACCAAAACAUAAAUAUUCCUUUUCAUUUAGCUGUAAUUAAGCUAAACCUGUUAGAUAUCACCAAAGUAAGUCCAUCUCCUCUGUCACUAUUCUUGUACAAACCUUUGAACUCGUGUCUUUGUUAACAUCAAGAAAUCUUAAAUAAAGAUCAAAAACUUUC